CCGCCGUUGACGACACGACCUUCAAGCACCACCGCCACGCACAGCAGCCCCACCAACUCCAUCAUCGGCCAUGUCCGGCGGACAGAAGACAGUGAGCGAGGAGGUGGAGGGCCUGUUGGUGCAGACGCAGAUCGAAGAUGAGGAGGUAAAGGACCUGAUUCGCGCCAUCGCCAACAACACGUCUGAGCCACGCGCAAACGAUGGUGGAAUGCGCGCACUUGCAGUGGCUGUCAAGGACAACACCACCGUCACAAGACUCGACCUGAGCAGCAACCACAUCAGCCCCGAGGGCGCUACAGCGUUGGCACAAGGGCUGAAGCACAAUGCGACCAUCGCGCGGCUCAAGUGA